AUGGCAAAAAAUUACAGAGUUGGUGAUAAAUACUUCAAGAAAUGUCGGAAAACAGCUAUGCAAGAACUUGACGAUUGUUGGACUGACUCCCGAAACCAUGUACAUCAAUUUAUCGACGACAUAACAAGUCAUAUGAACGCAGCAAAUGAUGAGUUCAAACAGCUUAGAGAACAUUUUGCGAGGGAAACCCAGGUCAUUCAGAAACGUUUAGCCGAGUCUGAAAAAGCCAGGGAACGUUAUCGCAAAGAGAGGAAUGAAAUGAAAACAGAAAUCGAAAGAUUCAGACGAGAAGUAAAGCAAACUGAAGCGCAAGAAGAGCUUAGACGGGAGAUUGAAAAAUUGCAGAUUAUGUUCGAGCAAACAAAUAAAGAAUGGGGAAGAAAAUUGAAAGAAUCUGAAGAUUCAAGUGAUGAAAUAAUAAGGGUUCAAAAACAGAAAAUUGAACAGUAUGAACUGGACCUUAAAAAGCAAAAAGUAAAAGUAAAAAUUCUCGAGGAGCAGAUAGAAAAGAGCAAAUUUAGCUUCAGCGACAUAGAUAAAUUGACGGAAAAGCUAGAUGAAACUGAAAAGCAGCUGCAUGAUACAAACGACAGACUAAUUUCGGUUACCUUAAAACUAAAGGAGACAGAAAAAGAACUUGAUGACACAAAAACACGGUAA